AUGGGGAUCGCCGGAACUCUGAGUUCAGACCAACUGGAAUUCUUCAAUUCUCAAGGAUAUCUUGUAAUCGAAUCAUUUGCUAGCCCUGAAGAUAUCGAUUCCAUAAGGAAGAGGAUGGAUAAAUUACUUGAUGAUUUUGAUUACACUACUGUCUCUUCAAGAUGGUUAUCAAUGUGA